AUGAUCAUCUCCAGAAUCCCUUCAAUCGCCCGCUCUGUCGCCUUGCGCAACGGACCGCUCUCAAUCGCGAGGCCCGUAGUCCGCCCAACGAUGCUGGCAUCGCGAAAUGUCGCGAGCUCGGUCUCAGGUCGUCCAGCGAGUCAGACAAUGGGUCAAGCAGCCCUUAAUAUCAAAGAAGAAGUAGGGAACUCUGCUGCAGACCUCGCGAAAGUCAUUGCUUCAGCAAAUAUGACCAGCGACGCUGUUGCACCUCAGAAAGACACAUUUCUUGGCAUCACAAACUCAGUAGCUUCGUCGGUUCCAAAGCCCUACCUGGUCUUUGGUCUCGCUGGGGCGCUGCCUUAUGUUGGAACAGCUGCGGCGACAGUUUGGACUGCUAAGCAAGCUGGUUUGGCGGCCACCGGAGUUGUCACAAAUAUCGACCCAGGCGUCGCGAUCACGAUACUGGACCAAGCCCUCAACCUCCAAGUCACGUAUGGGGCCGUCAUGCUUUCAUUCCUUGGUGCGCUGCAUUGGGGCAUGGAGUUUGCGGGGUACGGAGGGCAUAAAGGAUAUAGUCGCUUGGCUCUUGGGGCUGCGCCAAUUCUAUUUGCAUGGCCUACGUUGGCGCUUCAACCUGUCACCGCACUUAUCGUCCAAUGGGUCGGUUUUACCUCUUUAUGGUGGGCGGAUUCAAAGGCCACUCAACUGGGUUGGGCGCCCAAAUGGUAUUCGCAAUAUCGAUUUUACCUGUCCAUCCUCGUCGGAACAUGCAUUAUUGGCUCGCUCGCCGGCACUUCGUUCUAUGGCCCUGUCGGAGGACAUGGCCUUGUGUCGCACGACCUCGACUUACUCCGAGAGCAGCGUAAACAAGCUAGGCCAGAGGGGGCUGGUGUUAUUCACGGUGAUAUUGAGGCCCUUCCAGCCGGAGAAAACGACGACCACUAUGUCAACAUCAGGAAAAAGGCGAAAGACAGUGAAAAGAAGAACAACUGA